CUCUUCCCCCGCCCCCUCCUAAUGGAGCGAACCAUUCCCAGUUAGUCCUCCUCGCCCUCUCCCUCUGCCUCCCUCUUCUGCUCUCCUUCUCCUCUCGUCUUCCCCCCCUUUCGUCUGUAAAGUCCUCCGCUGCUCGGAACUUGUUGGCAAUGCCUAUUUUUCAGCUUUCCCCCACGUUCUCCCAAGUAACUAUUUAAAGAUCUGCAGCCGCAAAUGGUUUUACUAAAUGUAGGAUGGGACUUAAGUUGAACGGCAGAUAUAUUUCGCUGGUCCUGGCUGUACAGAUAGCGUACCUGGUGCAGGCGGUGAGAGCGGCCGGGCGGUGCGAUGCCGUCUUUAGGGACUUCUCGGAGUGUUUGCUGCGGCUGGGUGAUAACAUGGCCAGCUACCCCCAGGACCUGGACGACAAGAGAAACCUCCAAACGAUCUGCUCGUACUGGGAUGAUUUCCACUCCUGCACCCUUUCAGCGCUCACCGAUUGCCAGGAAGGAGCGAAAGACCUCUGGGAGAAACUGAGACGGGAAUCAAAAAACCUCGAUUUCCAAGGCAGCUUAUUUGAACUGUGCGGAGGAGGCAGCGGCGCGGCACCGUCCCUUCUCCCGCCGGCUUUGCCCCUGCUGCUGGCGGCUCUUUGGGCUGCCCUAGUGACCUGGCUGCCUUUUUAGGCUGGGGGAGGGGGGGGAAGUGAGCACACCCACACCCCUCUCCAUGUGCUGGAUCUAUAGAGGAAGUUGUCCAUCCGUUGCUUUGGGGACGUUGUGCUUUUUCUGUGGUUGAUGAUGAUGAUGAUGGUGGUGGUGGCUGAUGAUGGUGAAACACCCAUGUAGGACUGUGGAAGCGUUCUCCCUUUUUUCUUAUUUUGUGUUUUAUUUGCCAAAUGUUACCAAACAAGGCAGCAGCACGCAGCCCGAAUCGGACCUCAGCUUUACUAUUGCUUUGAACUAAAAAAAAAAACAAAGAAAAAGAUAACAGUAAUAAACCAACAAACUUGAGCCCUCAUCGUGCAAAAGCAAUCUCAGGAAUGGCUCUGGGCCACCUAAAGCUGGAAUCUGCCGGAGUACAUCCCGGCGAGCCACGGGCUCUACUAAAAUUGUGGCAGAGUACAAGGUGAGAAUAAUAACGCAGCCUAAAAUAAACCCCCCAAAAAGGGAAAGAAAUCAAAGAAAAAGGCACUGGAUGAAUCCAAGGGAGAUGUCCACAUAUGAAGCAUCUGGUGAAUAAUUCACAAUAUCUCAUCUUUCCUCCACAGUCACUUGUUUUUUGGUCAUUCCACUGCAACAACAAAAAUAUAUAUGUAAAAAUAUAUAUAUAUAUUUAAAGAGAGUUUUUCCUCAAGGGAAAAAAAAAGAGAGAGAGAAAGGGGAAGAAGGAUGGAAGGAUAGAAAGGGUAGGAAGGAAGGAUUGAAAAGAAUGGAAGAGAGGGAGGAAGGGAGAGAGGAAGGAAGGGAGGGAAGGAGGAAGGAAGGGAGGGAGGGAGGGAGGGAGGGAGGAAGGAAGGAAGGAGGAAGGAAGGGAGGGUGGCAGGGAGGGAGGGAGGAAGGAAGGGUGGAAGGAAGGAAGGAAGGAAGGAAGGAAGGAAGGAAGGAAGGAAGGAAGGAAAAAAGGAAGAAAGGAAGGAAGAAAAGGAAGGAAGGAAGGAAGGAAGGAAGGAAGGAAGGAAGGAAGGAAGGAAGGAAGGAAGGAAGGAAGGAAGGAAGGAAGGAAGGAAGGAAGGGAGGGAGGGAGGGAGGAAGGGAGGGAGGAAGGGAGGAAGGGAGGAAGGGAGGAAGGGAGGAAGGAAGGAAGGAAGGAAGGAAGGAAGGAAGGAAGGAAGGAAGGAAGGAAGGAAGGAAGGAAGGAAGGAAGGAAGGAAGGAAGGAAGGAAGGAAGGAAGGAAGGAAGGAAGGAAGGAAGGAAGGAAGGAAGGAAAAGUGUGUCUAAACGGCUGGAGGAGUGAAGAAAUGCUGCUAACAGAUGUCUGAGAGUUUACCUGUACUUGCUGUUUGAAGGCAUCUUUCCGAGUUCACUGCCUUUAUUUUUUUUCCUCCUCUUUGUUUUAGGUGUUACACAUGCCAGUUGAAUACCUGAAUAUCCAAUCGUAGAGAUCACAAAAAGGGGGCUUAAAAUGUAAAUCUAAAGGAGAAACAACAGGCAAACAGCAGCAAAACCGAUUGUGCAAAAAAAAAUAAUAAUAUAAUGAAUUAAAAAUUAAAAAGCCUUGAUAAUAAAAGGGAAUGAAAAUGCGGGGUUGGGGGGGGGGAAGAAAAUGUAAUUUUAAGAAACGUUUAUGAAAAAGCCAAUUCAGGAAAAAACAAAACAAAACAAAACAAAACAAAACAAAACAAAAAAUAACCCAAACAAGCAAAAAAAACCCAAACCCGCAAACCACAACAAACGAACAAAAAAACACCCCAAAACCCCACCUACAAGAAACAAACAAAAGAGAUUUGCUACAAAGUAUAGACAGAAGUAUAAAAUAAAAAGUAUUGUUUCAAA